AUGUCUCAACAAUCCAACUCUUCUCCUUCCAAGAACAUGCCUUAUUCUCCUAGCGCUGAACCAAGCAACCCUAACAGAGAAGAUCCUGUUGCUGACUCUGUGAAUACCCCACAUGCAAGAAGACCUAAAGAAACUGUAUCAGGCUUCUCCUCAUCCAUCGUUCUUGAGGAACGAACCAAAGAAGGUUCUAGGUAUGUUCACAAUGCCAUUGCCACUAUAGUGACUGGAAUACUGUCUGGAAAUCAUGAGGUCCCUGGGGUUUCCAUUCCCUUAAACAUUAUUGAACCUGAUAGUGUUGUUGAUCAAGAAAAUACUGAGUCUUUAGGAAAGAAUAUUUCUGAUGAUGUUGAGCAAACCGAUGCCCAUAAGGAGUCAAAUGUUGACAAACCCUUAGAUAAUGUGGCUGGUGAGGAAGUUCAUGUCACUCAUGAUGUCAGUGACAACCCUAACUGUGAGGCUGAAACAGUAGACUUGGAGGAAUUUUCUGAUAAUGAGUUGUUGUCCUCUGUCCUCCCUAGCAUAGCCAAAAGGGUUAGGACUAAGAGAGAAAAGAAAACUGUGGCUCAAAGGUCCCCCAGAAAGAAGAUUGAUGUUCCAACCUCUUCCAAGACAACGGUGGCAGUUGAGAGUUCCCUCAAGAGGAAAGUUCAUGGUCCAACCAAAUCUUGGAGCAAAGUGAAGAGGCUGGCUUUGGAAAGGGAAUUAGCUCAGAAUAUCCUAGACUGUAAGGAUAUUAUGGAUCUUAUUCAAGAGGCUGGUUUAAUGAAGACUGUGACUCAGUUUCCAAAGUGCUAUGAGAUGUUGGUAAAGGAAUUUAUUGUUAAUUUGUCUGAAGAAUGUGCUGAUGGCAAGUCUAAGGAAUUCAGGAAAGUGUAUGUGAGAGGCAAGUGUGUAAAUUUCUCUCCUUCAGUGAUCAAUAAGUAUUUGGGAAGGCCUGAUGAAGCUCAACCUGAGCUUGAAGUGACUGACAACAAAAUCUGUCAAGUCAUCACUGCUAAUCAGGUAAGAAAGUGGCCUCUCAAAGGAAAAUUGGUGGCAAGUAAACUGAGUGUCAAGUAUGCAAUGCUGCACAAGAUUGGAGCUGCUAACUGGGUGCCCACCAAUCAUAAAUCUACAGUUGCUGUAAUGCUUGGAAAGUUUAUAUAUGAUGUUGGAACCAAAGCCAAAUUUGACUAUGGCUCCUAUAUUUUUGAUCAAACUUUGAAGCAUGCAGGAAGCUUCAGUGUGAAGGGUCCUAUAGCCUUUCCUUCUCUCAUCUGUGGUAUUGUUUUGAAUCAGUUUCCAAACAUCUUAACUGAGAAUGAUUCUGUGAAGAAAAGCGACAGCCAUAUGUCUUUCAAUCAUAAGUUGUUCCUAGGUACCCAUGUCUCUGACAUUGUCAUGACAUCAGGUGAGACAUCACGUGUAAGCAAUCAGCCAGGUAAAGCUGCUGUCAUUGCAAUGCUCAAAGAAACCUGCAGGGAAUUAGAGGCAAGGAAGCUGAACUUGGAAAAAUUGAUUAGCUAUUUGGAGAUGACUGAAGGUGAUGUGCUAGCUGAUGGUGGAGAAUUUGGUGAAGUUGUUGAUGUUGCAGAAGAAGCUGAAAGGCAAGGUGAAGAGGGAGAAGCAGAUGCCAGUCCUGAUGAUGGCACAUAUGAUGAUGCUGACUCUGAGUCAGAUGACUAG